ACCUUCGUACACGAGCACACAUCAUCCAGAGUACAUCGGACUCUACCCGACUUUAAAAUGGACGUCCUUCCCCAUCCCCGUCCUUUUCACAUCUCACGUCCAAAGCGCCCAAACACGCCAGCUGCCUGUGACCCGCUGCCGACCGCUGUCCCAAACGCCAUUCGUUGUACUGCGACCUUCGAGCUCACCGCCUUCUACCCCUCUCGGGUGUAUGAUAAAAACGAUUGAGACCUGAAGAGUCCUCGGGCCGGCCGUUCGUGUCUGUCUUGCUACACGUCUCCCUAGGUCCCAUUCCAGACUCGAAACGACUCCUGGUAGUCCAAGAUCUCGACAUCACCUCAGCCCGUCUUAUUCACACACACUUUCCGUCUUUGCACACUCACCAUGGCUCUCACCAACGGCUCCACAAACGGCGCCUCGAACGGCGAUGCCAGCAGUGCCACCAACAGCAUAUCAAACCCGCGCUUCCUCAUCUGGGGAGGUGAAGGCUGGGUUGCCGGUCACCUCAAGGCCUACCUCGAAAGCCAGGGCAAGGAUGUCCACGUCACCACCAUCCGCAUGGAGAAUCGCGAGGCCGUGCUGGCCGAGCUGGACCGCGUCAAGCCCACCCACGUCCUCAACGCUGCCGGCAUUACAGGCCGUCCGAACGUGGACUGGUGUGAGGACAACAAGGAGACCACCAUUCGCUCGAACGUCAUCGGUACCCUCAAUCUGACAGACGCCUGCUUUCUCCGCGGUGUACAUUGUACCGUCUUCGCGACGGGGUGCAUCUAUCAGUACGACGAGGCCCAUCCCAUCGGCGGGCCGGGUUUCAUAGAAACAGACCCCCCCAACUUCAAAGGAAGCUUCUAUUCAACCACCAAGGGGCAUGCCGAGGCCAUCAUGAAAAAUUACAGUAACUGUCUCAUUCUCAGACUCCGCAUGCCCGUCAGCGACGACUUGCAUCCGAGGAAUUUCGUCACCAAGAUCUCCAAGUACGAGCAUGUGGUCGACAUUCCCAACAGCAACACCGUGCUGCACGACCUGCUACCGGCGUCCAUCUUGCUGGCCGAGCACAACGAGACAGGCAUCUACAACUUUACCAACCCUGGCGCCAUCUCACACAACGAAGUGCUCACCUUGUUCAAGAACAUCCUACAACCGGAUUUUACGUGGAAGAACUUUACGCUGGAAGAGCAGGCCAAUGUCAUCAAGGCUGGCCGCAGCAACUGCGAGCUUGACACCACCAAGCUGACCAAGAAGCUCAAGGAUUACGGCUAUGAGGUGCCUGAGAUUCAUGAGGCCUAUCGGGCCUGUUUUGAGCGGAUGAAGGCUGCCGGUAUUUAGUGAAAAGACCGGAGAGGGUUCAAGCAUACACACAGAGAGAGCAAGCGUUUGUCUUCGAGGAUCAUCAUCUGUUGUCCGGUGGGUAAUGAAGAAUGGAGUAUGGGGAAGCGGUGAAUUGCAUUUCAAUUACAGUUCGAAAGGGCGUUAUAAUGCGGACAUUUCCACGACCAGUCAGAGCGGCUGGAGUGCGUAUGGCUUUACAAACCUUAACGGCGGGUUUUUCCUUUUCUUUUUUACUGGGAAAGCAUAGCAGACAGAUUGCAGGAAGGGGCAUGUGGAUGACGGGCAUCACAGUUCCGCGGCGCUCCGGCAUGUCAUAUCCACAGAUAUCGUUACCUAGAUCCCAUAUACACAACAAGCCAGCUAUACGGAGGAAGAACGAAACGCAUCACGCGCAUGAUAUAUUUAUAUAUAGCUCCAUCUCGUCUAUCGAGAGUCGCGCUGUAUAUCCAAUC